ACAGCGCCGCCGCGGGCGGGGAGACCAGACCGAGAACAUGGCGCAGAACAGCCUGAGCCGCGGCCUCUCCCUCCUCCCGGGACCGGCUCGAGGCGGCCUGAGCCGCGGCCUCUCCCUCCUCCGUCACCGGUCUGUGGCUCUGCGCCCGGCGGCCGCCCGCGCUCAGGAGUCCGGGCAACUGAGAGCGGCUCCGGCAGGAGCCAUGAUCGAUCUCAGAAGAUCUGCAGCUCUGUUUUCCAUCCACCAGAGAUGUAUUCCAGCGAUCGUCUCAUUCACCCUGCGCUCGUACAGCACACAAACAGCAGAGAGCCAAGAGGAGGAGGCGUUGCAUACCAUCAUCACCGACAGCGAGAGCGUACAAGGAUCUUCUUCAAGUCAUGAAUUUCAGGCAGAAACGAAAAAGCUUUUGAAUAUUGUGGCAAAGUCCCUGUACUCUGAAAAGGAGGUGUUUAUCCGUGAGCUCAUAUCCAAUGGAAGUGAUGCUCUCGAAAAGCUACGUCACAAACUGGUGACCGAUGCCCGGGAGCAGCCUCCUCUGGAGUUUCACCUCAGGACCGAUGCUGAGAAAGGAACCAUAACCUUCCAGGACACGGGGAUAGGAAUGAGUAAAGAGGAACUCAUUCAGAAUCUGGGGACAAUCGCACACUCUGGCUCGAAGGCUUUCCUGGAGGCUUUGCAGAACCAGGUGGAGGCAGGCGGGAAGAUCAUCGGGCAGUUUGGGGUUGGAUUUUACUCUGCAUUUACAGUGGCUGAUAAAGUGGAAGUGUUCACACAGGCUGCGGAGUCGGGCAGCACCGGUUACCGAUGGGCCUCUGACGGCUCAGGGACAUUUGAAAUCACUGAAGCCACUGGUGUGAGACCGGGCACCAAGAUUGUUGUCCAUCUGAAGGAUGAUUGCAAAGAGUUUGCCAAUGAGGAUCGGGUUAAAGAGGUGGUGACCAAGUACAGCAACUUUGUCAGCUACCCCAUCUAUAUGAACGGCCGUCGACUUAACACACUGCAGGCUCUCUGGAUGAUGGAUCCAAAGGAGAUCAGCGAGUGGCAGCAUGAGGAGUUUUACCGCUAUGUAGCAAAGGCUUAUGAUAAACCACGCUACAUCCUCCAUUACAAGACCGAUGCUCCCUUGAACAUCCGCAGUAUAUUCUACGUUCCAGAAAUGAAGCCGAGUAUGUUUGAUGUGAGCCGAGAAAUGGGGUCCAGCGUGGCCCUGUAUAGCCGUAAAGUGCUGAUCCAAACCAAGUCCAGCGAUAUCCUGCCCAAGUGGCUGCGAUUCUUGCGGGGUGUGGUUGACAGUGAAGACAUACCUCUAAACCUCAGCAGAGAACUGCUUCAGGAGAGUUCGCUCAUCAGGAAGCUUCAAGCUGUUCUCCAGCAGCGAUUGAUCAAAUUUUUCCUUGAACAGAGUAAAAAAGAGCCUGAGAAAUACAGCCAGUUCUACGAGGACUUUGGACUGUUCAUCCGUGAAGGCAUUGUAACCACGGUUGAGCAGGAUGUCAAGGAGGACAUUGGUAAGCUGCUGAGGUUCGAGUCGUCCGAGAUGCCCCAAGGCCAGGUGACAAGUUUAAUGGAGUACGGCAGCCGGAUGAAAGCAGGGACACGGAACAUAUACUACCUGUGUGCCCCAAACCGCCGCCUGGCAGAACACUCACCGUACUUCGAGGCAAUGAAGAAAAAGGACAUGGAGGUGCUGUUUUGCUUUGAUCAGUUUGAUGAACUGACAUUGCUACACUUGCGGGAGUUUGACAAGAAGAAGCUGAUCUCUGUGGAGACUGACAUCGUGGUGGAUCAUUACAAGGAGGAGAAAUACGAGGACAGCAAGCCAGCUUCUGAGCGGCUCUCUGAAGCAGACGCAGAGGGUCUCCUGGCUUGGAUGAAGAAUGCACUUGGGACACGAGUAACCAACAUUAAGUUGACACCACGACUGGACACACACCCAGCAAUGAUCACUGUGCUGGAAAUGGGCGCUGCCCGGCACUUCCUACGCACCCAGCAACUGGCCAGGACCAGCGAGGAACGUGCUCAGAUUCUGCAACCCACGCUGGAGAUUAAUGGCAGUCACGCUCUGGUUAAGAAAUUGAAUGAAUUACGUGACAAGAACCCAGAACUGGCUCAGCUGCUGCUCGAUCAGAUCUACGAUAAUGCCAUGAUAGCCGCCGGCCUAAACGACGACCCAAGACCCAUGGUGAGCCGACUGAAUGACCUCCUGACCAGAGCCCUGGAAAACCAUUAGCCGUCGGCAGAGGGUGCGACUUGUAAUGUGGAGACCUGACAAUGGACAGAGUGUGAGACUAAAACAAAUCAUACCCAUCAUUUGGAACUGUUCCUCCAGAAUUGACCUGAAUAUUUGGAACUCCAGGCAACAGUACCACCAAAAUAAAUGUUAUAAAUCUAUUUCCAACUAAAA